AUGAUAGAACGGUUUACUGAGCUUCAAGCUAAACAUGCUGAGAUGGUUAAAGUGGUUGAGGAUCAGAGACAACUCAUUAGCAAGCUGGAGAAAGAUCUACUCAGUGUGAACUCAUUGUCCACCAUGUACCUCAGAGGAGAGGGAGAGGGGCAAGCAACUCCAUCUACUACUGAGGCUGGAUUUGCUGCAGAUGCUGUCAGAGAAACAUCAACGUUAGCCAAAUCGUCAUCAAGCGAAGGUAGCCAGGGAGCAGCUGAGUCGUUACUGCCCAUUGUUUCCAGUCAGAGAGAACGAUUUAGACUUCGCAAUCAAGAAUUGGAAAUGGAGAAUCGUCAACAUCAACAGCAAGUGACUGUUCUUAAAGAAGAGGCAGACAAACUACGAUCUGAUAAUGUCAAACUUUAUGAGAAGAUUCGUUUUCUUCAGAGUUAUAAGAACAAUAAGGCUUCUAGUGGUGUUGAUGAUACAGAGAGUCGAUAUUCUACUCAGUACGAACAACGUCUAGAUCCAUUCAACUCAUUCAGCAGGAAAGAAAAACAGCGCAAAUACAUGAAUCUCAGUCCGUUUGAUAAAGCAACACUCAGCAUGGGGCGUCUGGUAUUAGCCAAUAAGAUUGCUCGUAUGAUAGCCUUCCUGUAUGUUAUGAUUCUCCAUAUGUUAGUAUUCUUGGUGUUAUAUAAGAUGGCAUACACAUCAGCUUGUAAGAGAGACUCAGCUACAGAAUGUUUUGCAAAGUUUCAGGAACAUAUGCAUCAUUUCCAUCCUGGAGAGAAAGAUGAUGUUGGAUUACUAAACCAUGGAUAG